CAAUAAUAUCACAGAGCUGUCAUAUAUGAUUACGCUUGACCAUGAACAGUGCAUUCUUCAUCUAAAGCAGAAUAUGAAGCUCAUGUCCCCUGACUUCAAAGUAUUUUUUUACAGCAAAACAAAGGACUUGGUCUCUUCUAAUCGUCUUGUCCAGAGAGAUUGCUAUUUCCAAGGAUACAUAGAAGAUGAUCCACACUCAAGUGUGGCUCUUAGCACAUGUUCUGGACUCAGGGGCACCAUAUAUAAAAACGGAUUUAGGUACGCAAUUGAGCCAGAUGAAUCUUUGGAGUAUUUCAGCCAUGUGGUUUAUCGUAUAGAUACAGCUCAAUCCGAUGUAAUUUGUGGCCUUGACACAUCUAACCUGCAGUCUGAAGAUGGAAACAUUCAGAUAUUUGAGGAAGCCAAGCCUCCCAAAAAUUCUGCGUAUGUAGAACUGUGUAUGGUCACUACUAAGCCACAGUUUCAAUUUCAUGAUGAAAAUGAAACCUUUCUAGUAGAAAGCGUUCUUGAACUGAUUAAUACUAUUAAUACAAUUUUCCAGCCACUAAACACACACAUGGUUCUAGCCGGCAUAGAAAUAUGGUCCAAUGAAAAUCUCAUAAAUACAGAUACAGAUAAUGCACAAGACGUUCUUGACAAGUUCUUAAAGUGGAAGAGUGACUUCCUGGACAGUCGAAUCAAAUGUGACAUUGCAGGAUUAUCUCUAAGGGAAAGUACUGUUUCUGUGUCAGGGCUGGCCUAUUUGGAGGGAGCAUGCAGUCUUAAUAAAGCAGGAUUCUUUUCUGUGAUGAACCUUAACAAACUGGUGUUGAGUUCGGAUCUGUUUAUUCAUGAAUUGGGCCAUGUUUUGGGAAUGAAGCACGAUACCCCAGGAUGUACCUGUCGUUCUGGAAACACAACCUGCACUAUGAAUGAGAUCUUAUUUUCCUCUGGAUUUAGUGACUGCAGUAUUGAAGAUAUGGAUGCAUUCUAUGGAAAAAAUCAAGCUCAGUGCCUUUGGAACAAUCCAUUUACUGCCAAACUUGUUUCUAAUAAUGCUGACUGUACUUCUAAAGAACAAUGUACAACUAAUUUAUGUUGUGAUCCAAAAACCUGUCGACUAAAAGAGAAUGCUACAUGUUCAUCUGGGCUUUGUUGUAAAAACUGCUUGUUUGUCGCUAGAGGAAUACCUUGCAGAAUGGCCAGCACUGAGUGUGACCUAGCAGAAUACUGUGAUGGAAUAUCUAGCACUUGUCCUCCAGACACUUAUAUGCAAAAUGGUUCUCCAUGUCACAAUGGGCAGUCUGUGUGUUAUGAAAAAAUGUGCUAUAACUAUAACAAACACUGCCAGAAAAUAUUUGGAGAAAGUGCUACAGUUGCUUCUUUGUCCUGCUUCCAGUCUGUUAAUACCGUGGGCGACCGAUUUGGAAACUGUGGCAAAGAUAGUGAGAUAAUCCAAUGUGAUACUAAAGAUGUGAUGUGUGGACGUCUUCAGUGUGAGAAUGUGAGAAACAUUAAAACCCCUGAUAAAUACACUGCAGUAAUUCAGACUCCUAUCAAGAACUCAUUUUGCUGGGGACUAGAUUUCCGGUCUAGAAACAAUUCAUUUGAUCUUGGAGCUGUGCCGGAUGGAGCACAGUGUAACAAAGGAAAGAUUUGCAUGAAACAAACGUGUGUGGAUGUUUCAGUUUUGGGAUAUGAUUGCGAUGUUGAAAAGAAGUGUGGAGGAAAUGGGGUGUGCAAUAAUAAGAAGAACUGCCAUUGCAAUAUGAACUGGAGUCCUCCUAACUGUACUCAGCAAGGAUAUGGAGGAAGUGUGGAUAGCGGGCCACGAACCAGAAGCUCAUUUGUCAAUUUUACCUCACCAAUUAAACAUCAACUACCUAAUGCAUCCAAUGUGAAAUGGGAGUCAAAUGUUUCUCUAGCUGCAAUGAUUGCCUGGUUGCUGCAUAUGUUUUUAAUGGAUAAUGUUAAUGUAUUUAAUGACUUAUAGUGGAAGUUGAGAUGUUUCAGUCACUGCUGUUAUUUGUGUUUUUUUAUAUCUAACUUCUUCUAGAUUGUAAGCUCAUUUGAGCUAGACCCUCUUAAAAAGGCACUCUGAGCACCAUAGCCACUACAGCACACUGUAGUUAUUAUGUUGCCAGGAGUCCCCUGGUGAAAUCUUACAGUAGAAAGUCAAACCAUUUUUAUGGGUUUGUUACUUACCUGGGUCCCAUAGGUACUAGCUGUCCUUCUGGCCUUAUGUGAUAUUGCUAAAGCGAAAGUUCCUAUUCUGCUUUAGCAAAACCAAUG